GAUCUGCUCACCAUCGUUUAUGGACAUAUCUGAUGCAGCGCUGGGGAAACUGGUCCUGGUGACUACUUCAACAGUCUUCAUUCUGAUUGUCUUUUGGUUAAAUACACACCCUUUUAUAGACCAAGAUCUCGCCAUCUAUAACUGGAUACCGGACCCGCAGUGGUUCCUUCUGUUCUGUGCUGUUUGGGGUCUCUUCUUUAUUGGGGGUCUCAUGUCAUUCACCGUCUACCACAUAUAUCCAUACCUCUAAAGUGUAAAAAAACGAAAUACAAAUAAAGUUCAAAAUACAAUGGCAAAAUACAACAAAGAUGAAUGGAUCGUAAUAGGCAUAUCCGGUGUGACGUGCGGAGGAAAAACGACUCUAGCGAACAGACUGAAAGAUGUAUUGAGGCCUGUGUAUGUUUUUCAUCAGGAUAAAUAUUUCUACUCUGAUGAUAGUCCUCACCAUGUGAAGUGUGAAGGUAUGGAUCAUAAUAAUUAUGAUAUCCUGUCAGCGCUGGAUAUGCAGGCCAUGUAUGAUGACGUGAUAGAGACAAUGAGCGGAAGGGACAAGUCACACGGGUCGUGUGUUAGCAGGGAUACUGGAAAGUUGGAGGUCGAUGGGAAGAAAUGUCUAAUCGUCGAAGGAUUUACUGUUAUGAACUAUAAACCUAUUUUGGAGUUGUGUAAUUUGAGGUACUACGUGGUGCUGGAGUACGGCGAGUGUAGUUCUCGACGCAGCCUGCGAGUGUACGACCCGCCCGACGUGCCGGGGUACUUCGAGAGAUGUGUGUGGCCGGAGUACAUCACAUACCGAGCAGAGAUCGAGCAAGACAAACGGGUGAAACUUCUGGACGGCACGCAACCUGAUAACUACGAAACGCUUCUCGCAGACCUCAAGACGCUAGGAGUUAAAGAAAUAUGCUGAUAUUCGGGACUUAAGGAUUUCUACUGGUAUAUACAUUCUAUUCUCGACUAGCUACUCGGCCCGGCUUCGCACGGGGCACCUACAUGUAUAUAAACCUUCCUGUAGAAUCACUCUAUCUAUUAAAAAAAAACCGCUUCAAAAUCCGUUGCGUAGUUUUAAAGAUUUAAGCAUACAUAGGGACAGACAGCGACAGCGACUUUGUUUUAUAGUAUGUAAUGAUGAUUGAUACGCUUUCUAGAAAAUGCACUGUAUAUUAGAUUGAUAGAAUUUGUAGCUUACCAGUAUCAUAACAAUUAAAUGGUAACAGGCACUGAUUAGACUAAUUCCUUUUGACAAAAAUGCAAUAGCAUAGCAUAUGCUGGUGGUCAUUAUUCUCCCUAAUUUUAAAAAUCUGCGUAAGUUGCGUACCUUUUUUUAUAUAAAACUAGCUACUCACCCCGGCUUCGCACGGG